GCAGACCCCAACAGCUGCUAUGGCAAGCAGCAGGGACUCAGACAGUGAGCAAGUGGUACCAGAUGAAGAGGAUGGACCAGAUGUGAAGGCAGUACAGGCCCGCUAUCUCCGCAGCCCCUCCCCGAGUCGGUGCUCAAUAAUGUCAGACACAGACACAGAGAGUAUUUUCAUGGAGCCAAUCCACCUGUCUUCUGCUGUGGCUGCCAAACAGAUAAUCAAUGAAGAGCUGAAGACAAAAGAGGUCAAAGCAGAUACAGUUUGUCUGGGGAUGUUGGAAUCUGCAAAGCAGCUGCUGGUAGAGGACCUGUAUAACCGAGUUAAGGAAAAGAUUGAUGACACCAGCCUGUUCAACACACCAUGUGUGAUGGACUUGCAGAGGGCACUGGUGAAAGACAGGCUAGAAGCCCCCAAAGAUCCUGUGGAUGAAGUCUGGCCCAAUGUCUUCAUAGCAGAGAAGAGUGUCGCAGUGAACAAAGGCCGUCUGAAGAGACUUGGCAUCACCCACAUCCUAAAUGCAGCUCAUGGUACUGGUGUGUACACAGGGUCAGAUUUCUACAAUGGCUUGAAUAUCCAGUACCUGGGCAUUGAGGUGGAUGAUUUCCCAGAUAUGGACAUCUCCAAACACUUCCACCAGGCUGCAGAAUUCCUCGAUGAAGCAUUGCUGACUUACAGAGGUAAAAUCCUGGUGAGCAGUGAAAUGGGAAUCAGUCGUUCAGCUGUGCUGGUGGCUGCUUACCUGAUGAUCUAUCACCACAUGACCAUCUUGGAGGCCUUGAUGACCCUGAGAAAGAAGCGUGCUAUUUACCCCAAUGAUGGCUUUUUGAAACAGCUUAGGGACCUCAAUGAGCAGCUGCUGGAGGAGCGAGAGGAGGAGGAUGCUGCUGGUGAGGAUGACACCGCUAGCCAGAGUUCAGUCAUCCAAGCAGGGGCUUGUUCCCUGCCGUCUGGGGCAGAGGACUCUGGAAGUGUCAUGGGAGCCAAAGUGCACUCCAUCACAGUGGAGGAAGAAGAUAACACCAGCAUCCUCGGAAGUGUUCUGAGCUCCUCAUCCUUGGGAAAAUCAAGUUUGGCUUCCAAGCAGCCUACUCUCAUCAGUGAGGAAGAGGAGGAACAGCUGUAUGAGGAGUGGAGAAAAAAUCAAGGCUUGCCUGCAAGGGAGCUACCAAACAAGGAGGAAGAAAGAAAACCUCUGAGGCUUCCAGACCAGGCUGGGGAAGAAUCUGAGGAGGAUGUGGAGAGAAUGAUCCAAGAGUGGCAGUGCAGAAAUGAGAAAUACCAAGUGGAAGGUAAAUGUCCACCCAAGAGGGAGGAUGAAGACUGUAGCAUGGGAGGAAGACCCUAUCAUUCAAGUGAAUUCAGUGACACUGAGAGCGUGAGCAGCCUCGACAUCCAAAUCUUGAAGCAACAACUGGAAGCCAGUGGCAUCAAAAGGAUGACAAGGGGCCGCACAAACUCUAUGUCUACAGAGAGCACCUGGGACAUGUGGAACCAAAGGCUACUAGAGAUUGAGAAAGAAGCAGCUCAGCGAUAUUGCUCUAGGAAUAAAAGUUGUGAGGACAGUCCAGAACAAGGGCCAGGAGGAAAGGUCAGGGAUGUGGAUGAGGAAAGUGUGUUCUCAGAUACCAGCUCCUUCUAUAACUUCUGCCAAAAGAACAAAGACAAGCUGACUCCUCUUGAAAGAUGGAAGAUCAAGAGAAUCCAGUUUGGCUUUCACAAGAAGGACCUUGAAUCAUCCGAACGCCCCAAAGUGGAAGAGGGCAGCCAGCCAGGUGAGGAGGCCACAGAAGAGAAGCGUCUGUCAGAUGUUAACCUGACUGCUUACCAGGCCUGGAAAAUGAAACACCAGAAAAAGGUCGGCAGUGAAAACAAGAAUGAGAUUGUGGAGCUUGCCAAGGGCGAAGAUUCUGCCUCAGCUAAAAAGAAGCAGAGGCGAGCGGAGCUGCUUGAACAUUCAAAGAAGGUCCUGGAAGAAAGCCAGUCCCUGUGCAGCUGGGAAGCAGAGAGCGCAAUGAGUGGCAGUAUCCCACUGUCAGCUUUUUGGCCUUCAACACCUUCCAUAAGUGGUGCUGAUGAUUCAGCUUCUGCACUAAGUGUGCAGAGUAACCUCCCACCUUUAUCUCAGACCAGAAGCAGCAUUGGGGCCAUGCAGCCCCAAAUGCCAGUUAUACCUUUACCUAACCUCCAAGCUGGCCCAAGUGAUACAAUAUCCAUGGCAAGUAUUCAGAACUGGAUUGCCAAUGUGGUUAGUGAAACCAUCGCUCAGAAACAAAGUGAGAUACUGAUGCUGUCCCGCCCACCCUCUGAAAUGGCUUCCAGCAUGAAGUCAGGUGAUUUUGGCAGGCACCUAGAUGAUGACAAGAUCUCCCUCCUCAGUGCACAGAGUGGCUCAUCUCUAGCUGGUUCACUACUCCGCCAGCGGGACAUGCACUGUGCUGAUACCCAGUCUGUCCUGUCUUGCAACACCUCAAUGAGCGCAAGGACAGAAGGGUCCAGCUUGCGAGUGACACAGACAAGCAAGCCAUUGUUCAGUCUUUUCGCAGAUGAUGUUGACCUGAAGAAACUCAGCCGGAAGGAGAAGGAGAUGCAAAUGGAGAUGAGGGAGAAAAUGUCAGAUUAUCAAAUUGAAAAGCUUGUCAGAGACAACAAACGCAGCACUUUAUUUAAAAAGAAAAAGGACAAGGGAGAAGAUGAAGAAGAGAAAGUAAAAGAUGACACAGAAAGCACACUAGGCAAUGUUAGAUACCCCUUGCAAACAGAUAUUGACAGAAAUCAUACCGCUUCUGCUUUCUCCGGUCAAUAUGCAAAUACUGGUGCCAUGAAUUCAGAGACAGAGAUGAAUGUUAGCAAGUGGCUCAAUGACCUGAAAGAAGAAGAAAGGCCAUCACAUCAUACCCAGAGUGAGAAGGCUGGUGAGAAACACAACAGAUCCUCCACUGUUAGACAGGUAAACUCUGAAUCAGAAUCAUCCAGCUACAGAUUCUCCAGAUCCCAAAGAGCGAAACUGGACAGUUUUUCUUCCUCUGAGUCUAAUGGUGAUUCACUGAGAACCACAUCAAGAUUUUCCUCUGUCUCUGCAGAAAAGGAUAAGGAAAUGUACAAGUUCACCCGAUCAAAGGUUAGUGAGACAAGUUCCAGGGAAGAAAGCCCAGAGCCAUAUUUUUUCAGAAAAACACCUGAACCAUCCUCUGACUCUGAAUCUCCUGAAGCAUCAGCACACAGUCGAUUCAGAUCCCGACAUGUUGAAGAAUCUGAAGAAGAGUCCAGGACCGAUAUGUCUGAAUUUGGAGCAAAGAGAAAGUUCACCCAAAGUUUUUCAAAGUCUGAGGAGGAUGGAGAGAAAGAAGAGAAAGUGGAAAAAAGUGAGGAGAGGUUUGCAUCAAGGAGAUCCUCACAGUACCGGCACAGCACCCGCAAGGAAGAGGAAGAGGAAAUGGAUGAUGAUGCCAUUAUUGCUGCUUGGAGAAACCGGCUGGAAGAAACUCAGGCAAAGCUCCGGCGAAGGAGAGAAGAAUGAUAAAGGAUAAGAUUUUGAAGAUUCUAGGUGGACUGUAAUCGAAUCUCAACUCUGGGGAAAGGGGGAGAGCUUUCUGUUCAGGAGUCCCAGACCCAGCUAUCACCUGAAUCAUUCACCAUUACAUUUGUGGAUCAUACUACAUGGCUGGCAGAACAUUGCUAAUGUCCUGCAAGCAUUUAUUUCUCUUUAACCAACAGCCUUGGUAGGAGGAGGUCAAGCACUGGAAGUAUUUGUGGCUUGCUGAAAAGAAGCAGCUUGUGCUCAGUGAUCAGUAUAGGUAUAAAAAGCAUAAGGAGCUACUUGCAUCUGAAGAAUAUUUUAUUAGCAAAUGCAGGUAAUGCCAUUAUGCCCCAUAGGAUAGUGCCCACAAAUCAAGACUUUGGUCCAAAGCCAUUUUGAUUAUAUCAAGUUUCUAGAUUCACUAAAGAGCUGCUCCAGCAUUUUUUUCUACUUUCAUUUAAAUUGGAAGUAGGAGAGAUAAUAUACAACCUUCCUUUGAAAAUGUAGGUUCUUCUCUUAAUAGCUUUGCUGUUACUGAUAAUUUCUUAUUAAUACCCCUUUUCUUAUUUAGCAGAAGCCCACCUUUUUUUACCCCCACCAAUGUCAUGAAUGUCAGCAAAAAUGGCAAAGUGGGGAAUCCUGGUUGGUCACUUAAUAGGAGAGGGAAAUGAUUGUGAAAGCAAAAGAAGACUGUACCAAAUGUUACUGAUGUAUGUUACUGAAAGGAGCAUACAGAAACAUUCUGAAUGCA